AUGGAAGCUCUCAACGAUCAAGCCAAACUUAGCUCCAGUACAAACAGCGGUCAAACUGCUGCCGAUGAGAGUACAUCUAGCGACUCUGGUAUUGCAACUGCCAUGCCACGUCACGUGAAUCGCGGACUGCACUGCGGAACGUCUGCGAAUGAUACCAUCAAUAGCAAUGCCGCCCCUUCGCUUGACCCUAUCGAUAAGUCCACCAAAUACGAGGAACCCGCCACUCUAGUUAAGUUAUCUCCCAUCGUCUCACCAGAAGGCUAUUCGAGCGACAAACGACAUUCUCCAGCCCAGUCACUCAUUUCCGACUCAUCCCAUGAUUCCCAACUAAUCAACACCACCAAUAAAUUCACAUAUACAGCCAGUAUUUCCAAAUCCCCUGGCUGGAAUCCAAUAAAUGCUCCACGUUCGGUAGAUACGGCGUGUGGAGAGUUGGCUCAGAUGACGAUUGGGCAAGAGCAGAUCAAAGAUGAGCAUGUGUGCCAAGAGUCAGACGUGGAAUCGCUUGAAGACGACGAAUAUAAGGAGAAUGUUCGGACAGAUAUCCCUAUCGAGUAUACACCGGAUUCUGACCUGGACGAGAAGUACUUUGACCAUUAUGGAUAUUUGAACUACAUCAAUAGUCAAAAUCUAGAGUCAGGUGCAGUUCAGAAUGCAAUCAAGGCAUCACGGUUGAAGAGCCAGAACAGCGCACGCACUCGAGUAAAAUGCAAGAAGCGGACUCAGAGUUACAACCGGAAUUUUUCCAAAGAGGGCACUACAAAGGUAGAAACAGAGACAAACUUCAUCGAUCAGGUCUCUGAUGACUCCGUAACUAACGAAACAACUCAGUCUAACCAGGCGGGGCAUUGGGUCCUAUUCUCCGGUACCAUCGAGCCACCCCAAGUCGGGCACGUCUCUCCAGAGAAGCUAACGAUAUCGCUCGUCUACACACCCACAAACACCAGGCAAACCUUCAAAUUCCCAUCGAAUACUCUCAACUACAACGAAAUCAACUGGGAAUCUCGCGCGCACAUUGAUUUGAUAACGCAAUGGCGUGCUUCGAUAUUGACUGAGCACGGCAUCUCGCUCAAAAAGGUGCACAAACCUUACACUGACGAAGAGAACGCGUGGUUCGAUCUUUUCCAUGCCAAGAUCAGGGCAGCUAUCGAAGCAGGAGCAGUCAUCAAGAUACCCGGUCCUAUCCCUAUCCUGGAAGCAUUCAAUAGCUUUUUCGCUGGCAGUGUUUCCGACGACGAUAUUAUUGGAGAAGGAGAGACACACGGUGUAAAAGAAGCGAGGAGUUAUGUGUCGAUCCGCUGUAAGCUAGAGAAUAAGAGGAGCGGGUUAGGUGAAGAAAGGGUGCUGCUGAGGUCUCUGAUUGGUAAUGGUAGAGAUGGCGUGGUGUAUGUGCCUGUGUUUGAUGCAAAGGAACUUGCAGCGUACCGGAGGGACGGCACAGUCGUUGUUGAUGACCCGCUUGUGGAAGAGAAGAAUGCGGCUUUCCAAAGUACGAGGGAGAACAAGAAGAGGAAAGUGGAUGGCGAGGAGUGUGGCGAUGGUGGCAAAGACUCGAAGAAGGGCAAAGUUAGGCGCGAGUAG